GUUGUUGCGUAAAAAGAACUUGUCUGGACUUGUCUGGAAUCGCCUGAGCGAAAUCGGCAUCUCGAAAAGACUCAAACAACCCACGAAGGCUACACUACAACAAAGUUUUAUCGACUACUGAGGCACUAGAAGACGCUUGUGUUACUUUACUUUCAAAAGUGAAUUACUGAAUUUAGCAGACAUCUACCAUGGCUGGAGUUUCUGUCUGUGAUCGAGCUUUCAAAAGGCCUAGGUUAGAUGAAAGUGAUUUCUUUGAAAGCAGUAGCUGUGCCAGUGAUGAGUCUUGUCACACUUGGCAGGGCUAUGAAACAGCUUGGGUCCAGGACUCGGGAGACAAUUGGUCUCCAUCAUCUAGUGAGCCGGAGUCUGACGGUGAUGCUACUGAUGUCAUUUAUGAAGUUGAAUAUGAAAUUGCAACCGACUCCUCCAGUGAUGACCUAGAUGAUGAAGAAUCCGGUUCUUCUGAUAUUGAUGCUGCUCUUAUUCCAAUAAUUGCUGCUCAACUAGAGGAAGAAUGUUUAACUGACAUUGAAAGUUCUGAUGAUGAUGGAAUAAUUAGAAACAGUCCAAUUCCAGUACCUUCCCUGGAAGACAGAUGGAAAUGCCUUCGAUGUGGCGUUCAUAAUGUUCCACCCAUGCGAUAUUGCCACAAAUGCUACGAGAUCAGAAAAGGUUGGUUAGAUCCCAGGCCGAAGCGACGAAGAGCUAAAAGACCUCGUGGUGAGAGCGGCAGCCUGGACCAAAAUCCUUCCGGUUCCUCAGUAUCUUCGGUUGCCUCGUCAGUGCGAGUACGAGAAGAAUCUUUGAUUUCCUCUCAAACUAGUGUAGAUAGUGGUGUCAUGUCACAAAGUUCUUCUUAUGAAGAAGAGCAACAUCUGCUUCCCGGAGCCAGCCACAUUGAUGAUCGGAAGCCGCCGUGCAGCUGCUCCGACUUGUGCGGACUCUGCGGCUUGCGACCUGUCGACGGAGCAUUCAUGCACGGUAACACUGGCCAUCAGCUCUACUGUUACUCUUGUAGCAAACGUGUCUGGCGUCAGAGGAAAAAAUGUCCCAUGUGCCGACGGACUAUUGGUAAAGUAGUAAAAAUGUUUCGAGUAUCCAGCUGACAACAAUGAUAGCUAUCGUCGAACUAGUACAUAGAAUAAUUCUUUGAACGGUUGUAAAUGUUGAGAUGGUAACAUUCAUUUGGAAUCAUCUGGGGUUAUACAUAUUAUUUUCCAAACAUUUUCUAAUCAUUGUCACUUGUUGGUCGGUGUAACUGUCCUCUUGCUUAGCUUCAGUUUCUUGCUGCUUCCGAUUCGUCUGUUGAACAUCCAACUAAUUUCAAGGGGAGCGGAAAAUCAAUACAUGAGGUUUGAGUAAUUUU